AUGGCUCAAAUACGGACUAUGGAAGCCCGCGUUGGGCGGAAAAACCAACGCUACGGAUCUAAAGGCGAGCGACUGGUAGCCGGCGUUGUCCCUAUUUCCGCCGACAAAACCAAAGUGCUCAUGAUCCAAUCUGCCGGACCUGGAGGUUGGGUUCUUCCCAAGGGAGGCUGGGAGCUCGAUGAAAAAACCGCCGAGCAGGCUGCAUGUCGCGAGGCUUGGGAAGAAGCCGGCGUGGUGUGUGCCGUGAGCAGAGAUCUGGGACUCAUCCCGGACAUGAGACCAACCGGCCUGUUGACGGCGCAAGCCCCCAAGGCCUCAUAUCAAUUCUUCGAGGUCACCGUCGAGCGGGAGGAAACCGAAUGGCCUGAAAUGCACAAACGGAAACGUCAAUGGGUUUCCUAUACACAGGCGGCUACUGCUCUCGCAAGUCGACCCGAGUUGUUGGAAGCGCUGAAUCGCAGCUCGUUGAAGCGGUAG